UCAUUUUGGUAACAGGUGGGUGUGUGGAGAACGUCACAUGACGCUAACUGGUUGCUGUCAUACUGGUAUAAAUCCACCUCUGUAGAGUUAGUCAGUCCUUUUUCUCCACGCAAGGCUGCAGUGUCUUCGAGUCCAGGCUACAAAGUAGCUUAGACUUCUCCAGGCAUGGCUGACCAGGCUUUUGUGACGUUGGCUACCAAUGACAGCUAUGCUCGGGGAGCCAUGGUUUUGGGCAAGUCUCUCCGCAACCAUAAUACAUCCAGGAAGCUGGUGGCACUCAUUGGUCCGCAAAUGUCAGAUCCUUGCCAGUCGGCGCUGAAGAGAAUCUAUGAUGAAGUGAGGAUGGUGGAUGUGCUGGACAGCGGUGACGCAGCGCACUUGGCCAUGAUGAAGAGGCCUGACCUGGGUGUCACCUUAACCAAACUCCACUGCUGGACUCUCACACAUUACUCCAAAUGUGUUUUCAUGGAUGCAGACACAUUUGUGCUUUCAAAUAUAGAUGAGCUGUUUGAUAGAGGAGAAUUAUCAGCUGCUCCCGACCCUGGCUGGCCUGACUGCUUCAACUCUGGUGUGUUUGUUUUUUGUCCGUCUAUGGAGACCUAUGGCAAACUGCUUCAGUAUUGUACAGAACACGGCAGCUUUGAUGGAGGAGACCAAGGUGUGUUGAAUGGCUUCUUCGGCGACUGGGCUACAGCUGACAUAUCCAAACACCUCCCCUUCAUCUACAACCUCAGCAGCAUAGCCAUCUACACCUACCUUCCAGCAUUCAAGCAAUAUGGUGGCAAUGCAAAGGUGGUCCACUUCCUAGGGAAGACCAAGCCAUGGAGUUACACAUUUGACCCCAAAUCCAAACAGAUUGCAGGAGAUGUGCAUGAGGCCUCCACUCAUCCCACCUUCCUCCUCGAGUGGUGGACCCUGUACUCCAGCGCUGUGGUGCCCAUGCUGCAGGACAGUUAUGGAGACCAGCCUUUCCACUCCGGAUGCGUGGAGUUCCAGUACAGUGACCUGGUCACUUAUAUGAGUGCACAGGACGGGAGCCUCUCAUCACAUGCACAAGCACCCCAACCCCAGAUGUCCUCAGAAGAACGGAAGGAGAAGUGGGAGCAAGGCCAGGCAGACUACAUGGGAAUGGACUCUUUUGACAAUAUCAAGAAAAAGCUUGAUACUUUUCUCAAAUAAAGAUGCAAUAAAGCAGGAGAUAAAAAUGGCA